UGACAUUUGAACAUGAAAUAUUAAAAUUAUUUACAUUCUAUUAUAAUUGCUUGAUUUCAAUUUUAAGCUAUGCAAGCGGUAUAAUAUUAGAAGUUUAUACAACAAUCAAGAUAACUACAUAUUUACAAUACUACACAGACAAAUGGCAUCCGAAGUAAUAGGUCGUAAAUUAAAUGAACUAGAAAUUUAUGAUUUAAGAAAUGAACUAGCAAAACGGAAGCUUGAUACAUUUGGUUCAAGAAAUGACUUGGUUGAAAGAUUAAAAAGCGCUUUGAUAGAAGAAGGAACUGAUGCAGAAAAAUUUGUUUUCAUUUUAUCAGAUAAAACCGAAGAUAAGAUUUCAAACUUUUCAGAAGUUAACAAAUUACCUGGCAUAAAUGGAAUAGAAAAUAUCAAAACCGAAAUCUUAGAUAUAGAGGAUAUGACAAAUGUCGAAGUUAAUGAAGAAGAGUUAGAUACUUCUUACAAUUUUCAAUUUUAUUAUGAAGAGGAUAAUGAAGAGUCAAUGAGUUCAAAUAAUGCAGAAGAAUUGCAAAAUUCUUUCAACGAAGAGGACGAUCAAGAUGACAAAGAAAAAAUUAAAAACAUUAUAAACAAAAUUGAUGUCGGUCGAAAAAAAUCAAGAACGAAAAUUGUGAGCAACAAAAGACAAAUAGCUCGUCUAGUCGAACUGAUGAAACAAAAUUUGGAUAUUGGAAGAGGACUCAUUUCUAGGCCUAAUGCAAAGAAAAGGUGGGAAAGAUUCACUGUAGAACUAAAUAGUUUGGGCCCACCUAAACGAAAUUCUGAAAAGUGGCAGCGUGUUUGGAGUGAUUUAAAAAGGAAAGUAAAAAGAAAGCUAAAUGAUAAUAAGGAAGAAUUAAUGACAAAUUGUGGUGAAUUGAAUAACUGCUAUCAGUUUUCUAAGACGGAAGAAGACGUCAUAAAUAUUUUACAGCUACAAGUUUGGGUCAAUCCUUCUGGCGAAAUAUUUGGAUUAGAUAACAAAGAUACUGGGAAAACAAGUAUUGCAGAAGAACCUGAAAAUGUUACAGAAUUUAUUAAUAUUGCAAAUAACACAGAAUCUGUACUUGAGGAACCAGAGACUGAAAGUGAAGCUGAACGAAAAAAAGAAAUCACAAAAGUAGUGAGUAACAAAAGACAGCUGGUACGUCUAGUCGAAUUAAUGGAAGAAAAUUUAGAUAUUGGAAGAGGAAUUAUAUUAAAAGCUAGUGCGAAAAAAAAAUGGGAAGAAUUUGCAGUAGAACUAAACAGCUUAGGACCACCGCAGCGCAAUUAUGAAAAAUGGCAGCGAGUCUGGAAUGAUUUAAAAUUUAAAGUUAAGAAAAAAAUCAAUGAUAAUAAAGAUGAACUUAACGGAAGUAACUGUGGAUCAAGCAAAAGUCAUAAAUAUUCCGAAACAGAGCAAGCGAUUAUUAAUAUAUUACAAUUAAAUCCUUGGUCAAAUUCAACGAUGGAUAUACCAAGUUCAAAUGACGAACAAAAAAUUCCAAUCAGUGUUUUAGAUCAAACCGAAAAUGCAUCCGAAUCAAAUAAUUUUAAUGCAAUUAGUACAGAAUCGGUAAAUGAAAAAUUUGAAUUUUUACCGGAAAAUUCAAAAGUGGAAAGGUCAAGACAUAGGAAGAGACAUAAAACGCAAAUUGAUCAACGAUUAUACUUACUAAAACAGCAAACCGAUUCACAAAAGUUAUACCAAAAUGGUAUGUUAAGCAUCUUGGAAAAUAUACAAAAGGAUUUACACUCUAUUGAAGAAUGUAUAAGAGAAAGUUACUAUGAAAAUAUAAAGUAUAAAAAACGUAAGCUAGAAUUAAAACAGAGAAAAUUAGAUCUUUUGGAACAAGAAAUAAAAAACAAGGAAAAAUAUAGAAAAAACCAAGAACUCUAUAGAGAAGCGAAAUUAGAAAUGAAAGAAAAAAAAUUUACUUUGGUGAAAAAUUAUUCACUACAUCAACAUAACUUAGUUAGAGAACAAAGUGAACGUUAUAGGUCACAUUCAAUAGAAAUAGAAUUACGGAAGCAUGAAAGACGAAUCAUAGAAAUACGUCGCUGGCAAAGAGAAAAUCAUUUAGCAAGGAACAGAGAACAAUUAGCACGGGAACGUCAAAGAUUAGAAAAUUAUAAAUUAAAUCGAAUAAAAAUGAACAGAAGAAAAUAUGAGCAUGAACAAAUCGCAUGGGAGCGGCUUAAGCUCCAAAGGCAACGGUUUAAUAUGGCCCCUGAUAUGUCUUCGGAAACUUUGGGCCGGAAGAUAAGUGAGUUAAGAGCUUGUGAUUUAAAGGACGAAUUGGCCAAGCGUAAAUUGAAUUGUAAUGGUUUAAAAAAUGAACUUAUUGAAAGAUUACAGAAUGCAAUAAAAGAUGAAGGAAAAGACCCCGAAAAAUUUCUAUUUCCAUUACUUGAUAAAAGGGGAACUAAAAAUUUGAAGAAAACAGAGGAAACUGAAAUACAGUUGAGUAUUUCAGCGGAAGAAGCUUCAGCACCGGAGGAAAGUGAAGAAAAAAACGAAAGUGUGGUUGUGGAUGAGGUUGGUAGCGUUGAUGGAGAUGAAAAUGAUUUUCAAGAACAAGUUGAUGCUGCAAUUGAAAAUACAAAUGACAAUGAAGAAUCAAUUAAUUUGACAAUUGGUGAAGAUGAACAAAAACUGCUUCACGAGGAAGAGGAACAAGAUGAAAAAGAAAAGCCUAAGGGUGCCAGUAUUGAAAAUUCAACAAAAGGUGAAAAGCUAAAGGAACAAGAAUCUAAUGCAGAAUCUAAAAUCAAAACUGAAGAAAAGGAUCAAGAGUCUCAAAAGGAAGCGCAUAAUGGAAAUGAUGAAAAGAGUCAAGAGAAAAAAAGUGAAAGUGAAAACAAGGUUCAACAAACUAAUCAAGAAAAAGAGAAAACAGCAGAAUCAAAGAUAGCAGAAAAUAAGACAACGGCAUCCACAACUUCAGCAGCAAAGUCACAUCGCAACUUGUGGGUAUCUGGUUUGACAUCAAUAACAAGAGCUAGCGAUUUGAAGUCAAUAUUUUCAAAAUAUGGUAAAGUCAUUGGAGCAAAGGUUGUUACAAAUACUCGGACACCGGGCAGUCGCUGUUACGGUUAUGUUACUAUGGGCUCUUCAUCCGAAGCAACCCGCUGCAUCGAACAUUUGCAUGGCACAGAACUUCAUGGCCGCAUCAUAUCUGUGGAACGUACGAAAAAUGAAAUUGGUGGUAAUAAAGCUGCACAUCAACGCAAGGAAGAAGAAAAACAACGGCGUCCGUCGAAAGAGUCUAAGCGCAAAAUAGAAAAUGACACUUCGGUUAAAAACUCUGAUGACAGAAAUAAAGAUGGCAAAUCAAAAAAAACGGAAAAGGAAACAUCGAAAGAUCAAGAUCCAGAACAAGUUAAAAGUACAAAAAUCGACAAGAAAUCACCAACGAAAGAAAGUGUCAAUGACAAGAAGAUUGAAGAAAAAGAUACCAGACAUCGUUCUGUAAAGAGCAGUAGCAGAACUUCUUUGGAACGUAAGAAAUCUCGCGAUCGUAGAAUAGCAGAAGAAAGGGAACGUGAAAGGCGCGCAAGAGAAAGACGGGAACGUGAGAUAUUAUCAUUCAAAAAAAUUCGUGAAGAACGUGAACGUCAGAGACUACGUGAAAAGGAGAGGGAACUAAGAGAAGAAGAAAGACGUCGCCGAGAGAUACGUCGCCGUCAACGGGAAGAAGAAGAUCGUUUAGUAAGAGAAAGGGAAAAGCUAGCUCUAGAACGUGAAAGAUUAGAACGGGAGAAAGCUGAGUUACUGCGCUUAGAAAGAGAGAGACAAAAAUUGGAACGUGAAAAAAUUGAAUUGGAACGCCUUGAGUUGAAAAGGCAACAAAUGAAAAUUAUGGAGCAAAACUCUCGUAUUGAGGAUAAGAGGCCAGUGAAAAGAACAUCUGAUGAUAGGUAUGGGGAAAUAGAUAGAAAGCGUUCAACAAAUGACAGACGAUUUGAGGCUCCUCCACCUCCAAGAUUUGAUUCCUCAUUAGCAACGAACAGCUAUGAUCGUUCUGAUAAAAAGAGAGACGAUUAUGGUAGUAAUAGUAAACGUGAUGAUUAUGUUUCUUCAAAACGUGACGAUUACAUCGGCUCCAAGAGGGAUGAAUAUUCAAAGCGAGAGGAUUAUUCAUCUAAAAGAUCUUCUGACAUUGUUGUACCCCCACCACCUCCAAGACAUUCUUCUGGAUAUCACUCGAGUCACGGGGGUCGAGAAACUCAUGGUGCUAGUCACAAAACUUCAAGAUAUAUUGAAUCAGAAGUUAGACCAAUAAGUUACAGAGCAGGUCGCUCCCCAGACAGAAAUGAUCCAAGAACCACGAGUAAUAAACGAUAUGAUGUUUCAUCCUCAUAUUCGGAAAGGACAAAUAGUACUACAGCUUCCAUUUCAGGUACAGCACCAUGGCAUUCUGGUAACAAUCAACCCAUAAAAUCAUUCGCUAGUAGUUCUAUGCCAACUAGUAGUAAUGUUGGUGUCUGGCCAAAUAAAUCCAAUGAAGAUCAUUGGGGUAGACCCAUAGACGCACAAGAUCGUUAUGAUAGAACAUAUAACGAACGAGUCGGAUAUGGUGUAGAAAGUCCACGAAGUGCGGCCAUGUUUGGGGGUAGGCCAGACAGUCGAUAUAGUGGCCAAAUCUCAUCAAGAUAUGAAAAUGGAAAAUAUUAAAUACUAAAUAAAUAUGUAUUAACAUCACUAAAUUUGGUCUUCUACUUCUGUGUAUACAUAUGUAUUAUGUGUAUUAAUAAAAUGUAUUUAAUAGCUUAAAUUUUUGUAAAAUAUUUGAGUUAUUAUUUACAGUUUUUAAGUUUUUGACCUUUUA